AUGAAAAACCCGAAACCAAAGAGGUUUCCGUCUCCGAUUCCGCCAAGAAACCGCGGUCCGUUUCCCCUCGCAGGCGCCGUCGAAGGAUUAGGGAAUGCGAUCGUGGAAGCGGCUACAAACAUGAACAGAUUACUCGAAAACUUAUCACCAUCACGUCUAAUAAGGCGAUUCAAAGAGAAAGACGAAAGCUACACCAUCAAGUUUCAGAUGCCCGGGUUGUCGAAAGAUGAUGUGAAGAUCACAGUUGAAGAUGGGAUGUUGUUCAUUCGAGGCGAGCAUAAGGACGAGGAAGAAGGUUCUGAUGACGAUGAAUUUUGGUCGGCUGCCACCUAUGGGUACUAUAACACUAGUCUCAUGCUGCCGGAAGAUGCGAAAGUGGAGGAGAUUAAGGCGGAGAUGAAGGAUGGAGUGUUGCAUGUUGUUAUACCAAAAGAUGAGACCAAGAAGAAGCAAAUUAAGGAGGUUCAUGUUGGUUAGUUUUUAUAAAAGUGUGUGAUGUCUCAUGGAUGUGUUAUCAAAUUGAAAGUUUAAUAAAAUGUUGCGACUUAAAAGUGA